AUGGUCCAUUUGCUUUGGUUUGGGAGAGGUAAAAUGCCCACACACAAAGUUUCAUGUCACCCAACUGGCAGCAUGUUCUGAUCCCAAUUCCUUCAUGGAAAAAAUAAGUGACACUGAAUGUAGACUUAAACCAAAUCAUCCCUAUUAUGCCCAAGUUCAAGGACAAAUGGGUGUGUCAGGGGCCAAAUGGUGUGACUUUAUUGAUUAUACCAGAAAGGGUAUUUACAUAAUGAGAGGAUUGCUUUUGAUCCUGUCUUCCAGCAAAACCUCAGAACUGAGCUUCUAG